CUUUGCUUCCCUUCUCUCUCUCUUUUCGCUUUCGUGCUCCACACCUCUUGGUCCACAGCCUCCCUCCCUCCCUCUCCCUCCCUCUCCGCCAACCACCCACCCACACGACGAUGUCGGCUGCUCUGCUGAAGCUGCUCGGCUGCCUCCUCCUCCUCGCCGUCACCCUCAGUGAGCACACCGCCCGCAGCACGCCAGACAGAGACAGACAGACAGACACGAGCCGAGGUGCUCUCCUGUGCGCCUACACCACCUUCUCCCUCCCCUGUGGCUGCUGACUGUCUUGUGCUCUCAGGUGCGGCUCAGCAGAUCAUCGUGGACGCCCUGGGCGAUGUGGGCACGCAGCACAGCAAACUGCACGAGUGUCUCUGCUUCUCUCACUCCCUCCCUGUCUGUGUUUUGUGUGGUCCCCUUCCUCGUGUCGUGUGUGUCAGGAUGAGCCUACCGAGCCGCCGAAUCGCAAGCUGUCUUGUCCGAAGCAGUCCGCCCUGAAGGUCAAGGCGCCCAUCGGCGGCGAGGCGUCCAUCAAGCUGAGCGGCCGGGGCCACUUCGUGCGCGUGUCGCUCGAUGCCGUGUCCAACGGCGAGAUCAAGGGCGUCAGGACCACCUCCUUCAAGGUCUACGACAAGAACAGCAAAAUCUCACAGAAGCCCCUCGGCGGAGGCAAAGUCACGCUCGGCGAGAGCUUCAAGGGCAAGAAGGUCGUCUUCAAGGUAAGUGGGUGGGACGGGUGGGCACCAGGUGGUGUGGUGUUGCGCAUCGUGUUGUGUGUGUGUGGGCUGGUGUGCUGGCUGUGCUGUGUGUGGUGUGUGCUAUGCUGUGAUGUCAGCCGUCUGAUGCGAUCAUAGCGGACGGCACGAGCGACGUGGGCGGCACUCUUUCGCUGAAGUGCCUGCCGGGCUCGUCGGCCAUGACCGAGACUAAGAAGCUGACCUUCCAGAUCGGCUACGACAUCGAGGUCAACGGCGCGGUCGUCAACGAGUUUGACGAAGUCUCCUGCAUGGCCAUCUUCGCCUGCAAGGACCCUGGUACGCACGGCACUGCACGGAGGGAGGGGAGGAAUGGAGGGAGGGAGGAGACCCUCAACGCACUCGCUGUCUGUUCGUGUCAUGUGUGCGCGUGUGUGGGUGCAGCAAUGAUGAUCAAGAAGGCGGGGACGAACAACGCGGGCGCAAAGCAGGGGGGCUUCUUCAAGAAGUUCGGCAAGGUGCGGUGCGCGCACAACUAACCCAACACCAUACACACCACACCCACCUGUUCUGUGUGUGUGCGCUUGUGUCGUGGGUGUUGUGUCAGAACACCCUGUUGAAGCAGCAGCAAGUUUAGAGGGUGGUGGGGGCGGUCGGCUCCGAAAUGUAUUCGAACUGGACCGUACGUGACGUGACCGAUGGAUGGAUGGCUGCCUGCCUGCUGGUGUGGUUGGUAUGUGGUGCCGCCCAUGUGAUGUGAUGGUGGUUUGAUGUGGUUGGCGUUUUCUUACUGCACGGCACGCUACACCAGAGCACACGUACGGCGUUCGUUUUGUUAGCCACUCGCACAUUGUCUGCAGCUCCUGUGUUGUAUACUCUGCUGGGGAUGGGCGUGUGCGUGUUUCUUAACUCGUUUCUUACCUCUGACAGCUGCGUGGCACCAUCGCACCAUCGCAACAAGAAUGUAAAGCGUCUUGUAGAACGUCUUGUCUACUGUUAUGUUGGAUGGGUUGUUGUUCGUCUUGUCACUGCACGUGUAGAGCAUCGCAUCUGUAUCUUGCUGUCUUAUGUAGUAGUGUUGUCUCCUGUGUGUUAUGCAUGGAUUCUUCUGUCUCUGUUGGGCUGUAGUUCUACAGCGUCCUGCCUGCCUGUGUAUAUCUGUAUUUGUUGGCUGAUGCCUGCUUAUGUACUUGUGUCUUUAAUGUGGCUCUGAAUGGGGGAGAGCGUGAGAGCUAUAGCUAGCUGGCUGUUUGAGAGAAGGUCUGCAUACAGGCACAAGAGACGGCAUCUGAGGAUGACUGAAUGUGAAUGUGUUCAAGUUGAAUGGGGGAGAGCGUGAGAGCUAUAGCUAGCUGGCUGUUUGAGAGAAGGUCUGCAUACAGGCACAAGAGACGGCAUCUGAGGAUGACUGAAUGUGAAUGUGUUCAAGUGUGAGUGACGUCGAACCGCCACGCCAUGACAAGCGCAUCAGCGCAGUUGUCACCAAAAAAUUAUCUACUGCGUGU